UAUUUAAGAAAAUUGGAACAUCACAGAGAAGAGUUUGUGGAACAUAGGGGUGUCAAGUGUAAAAGAAGAACUUCAAGGAACAAACCAAGGAUGGGUGCUGUGAAAUGGCUGGUCUUUUUGGUCUUUCUCAACUUUUGUUCACAGGCAUCAGCACAAUCAGGCAUCCAAGUAUCUGUGUUCUCUAUAACAUCCAAAACUGUGAUACUCAGAUGGACGAGAUAUUCUGGAGCCAGUUCCUACAAGAUAUCUGCAGCCCUCUCAAGUUCACCAAGCAAUAUCAUCGCUUUUGCCAUGUAUGGUCCAAAUACAGUGAUGGGCUCUAUAACCUCUCUUUCUGAAGAUGUAGCGUAUACAUUUACAGUUGAAGCUUUGGAUGCUACACAGAUAGUGCUAGACUCUGCAUCCAUCGAGACAUCCAAAGCACCCGAUAUGAUGGAGCCUAUCAACAAUGUCAAGCCAAAGGACAGCAGGACCUUGAUGUUGGAGUUUAACCCAACAAUGGGGACGACCUCUUACAUAAUACGAGUUGAGAAUACAAAUGGCUUCUUCAGAGAGGACACAGUGUCCUCUUCCCCAGCUGAGAUCAAUAAUCUCCACCCCUACACUGAGUACCAGCUCAGCAUUAUGGCCGUAAAAGAUCCAGGCCGGAGCCAGCCACCCAAACCUGUAACUGCAAAAACUGUGCUGCCUCCUCCUCAACUUGUCACCUCCUCUCCCAGUAAUGACACCAUCAUUGUGACUUGGCCCCCUGUUGCUCAUGCUGUCCAGUACACUGUGUCUAUCUAUAAGUUUGGCUUCAGCACUCAGGAACAUUACAACACAACCAACAGCAGCCUGAGCCUCACUGGCUUGGAUGCAGGAUCCCUGUACCUCAUCAGGAGCUCAGCUUGGGACCCCGAGGGCCGAGAGGGAGAGAAAUCCUUGUACGUCAACCAGACUACAAGACACCCUUUACCAGCCUCUGUUAGUGUUCUUGUGGUGAAGAGUGACAUCAUGACCGGGCUUUCUGUGUCCUGGGAUCUCAACGGUGAUGAUGAUGGGUCUAUUGAGUAUCAUGUGACAAGUGACCAGGGCCUAAACUGCAACAGCACCUCCAGCUCUUGCACACUGUCACCAGUGGGGUGUGGAGAGGUACACACAAUCCAGAUCACAGCUUCAAAUGAAGCUGGCCCCUCUCUUCCAUCCAGUCCAGUGGUUUUUAUCACCUUCCCUUGCCCCCCAGAGUCUCUGACUCUUUUGGAGUCGUCAGAAGGAGACUGCACGCUGACGUGGAACACAGUCCCUUAUGCGGAUGGUUAUGAGACCGUUGUGAGAAAAGGCAAUAUCAGUGAGACGCCCUGCAACUCCACCAGCAACAACUGCACAUAUCAGUGCCAGUGUGGCUACACCUAUCUAAUGUCUGUGAUGGCGUACAACCAGGCGGGCAAAAGUCCUGAAGGGAGGAUUCUCAACCAUACCACAGUACCCUGCUGCCCAGACAGUGUAUCUGUCUCUGCUGUGAGCACUGACACUCUAGAGAUUACCUGGACUGCAUCGCUGGGAGCGGAUCUGUACGAGACUCGGGCGGCUGACAGCUCAGAGGUCAUCCUCUGUAAUGACACAGCUCCAGUGUGCGCCCUCUCUGACCUCAGCUGUGACAGUUCCUACACUGUGGUGGUAAAGCCUUGCAAUGAAAUCAGCGGGUGUAAUCAUGCCUGUAAAUCCCACACCAGGGACACAGCUCCCUGCAUGCCAACAAACCUCAUUCUGAAUCAAAGUAACUCCUCCACUAUCAGCGUAAGCUGGACAACAAACAACAGGGCAGCAAAUUACACUGUAAGUGCAGAUGCAGAGGAUGUCAGGCGUACCUGUACGACGAGUGGAAACGGCUGUGACAUCACUGACCUUCCCUGUGGCUCGAGGUUUGAAUUCAGCGUCACAGCAACCAGCAGCGCUGGGCGGAGCUUACCCAGCUACUCCACCUCACUGGAAACAGAACCCUGCUGCCCGGUGAAUCUGACGGUCGAUCAGGUAACUCAAGCCAUGUCAAACGUCUCAUGGUCUCACGCCAAAGGGGCGCAGUCUUUCAUCACUUCCCUGACAUCACCACAUGGACAUGCCCGCUGCCAUACCCAAGACUCCCAUUGCCUCAUGGGAUGCAUCACCUGUGGCACAAACUACACCGUCACUAUGGAGGUGUUUAGCAUGAGCGGACACUUGUCCAACUGCACCUACCAAGGAUUUUCCUCCAGCCCCUGCUGCCCAUCAGGCAUCAAACUCCGCCUGUUGGCCAGCAACUCUCUGCGUGUUUCCUGGCACAGCAGCACAGCCAGCAGCCUCAGCACCAUGGCAACAAUCACAGGCAGCAGCAGCAACUAUACCUGCACAGCAUCACCUGGGGAGAACAGCUGUGAUGUUGAAAACAUCCAAUGUGGGCACGUGUAUAAUCUAGUAGUGACUCCGCUCACAGCAGAGGGCAGCAAAGUUCCUUUCUGCCCUUUGAGACACUAUUCAGUCACUUGUUCAGGGAGCAACAUUGGCAAAGUGACUUACAGAGGGAAAAGAAGUGUUGAAUAACUACAAGGUAAGUUUCCAUUAUCUUUGAAA